GGUGAGUGUUUUGUUUACGCAGUCUUGAUUUUAAGUAGCUUCAGUUGUUAUAAAAAUGUAGUGGAUUAAAAGUAUUUGCUUUAAAACAGGAUGAAAAAAAAUUUCACUUUUCACAACAUUUUUUUUGUUUUUUUAAAAGUUGUGCACCUUGGUUUAUUUUAUAAUGAAAACAGGACAUUUGUCUCACAGAAUAACAGAAUAAAGUUUCAGCCACUGACUCCACCUCUUCUCCUCCGCCUCCUGUAGUAGCUUUAAAAGUGUGUGUGUCGCCCUCUGACACGACUUUGCUCACAGAGCUCUCAUUAUAGGUGCACUGUGAGAUCCAAAAGGGUUUAACUACUUCCUCAUCAUAAAAGACAAGAACAACACCACAAUGCGCGAGUGUAUUUCUGUCCACGUGGGUCAGGCUGGCGUCCAGAUGGGCAACACAUGCUGGGAGCUGUACUGCCUGGAGCACGGCAUCCAGGCCGAUGGCCAAAUGCCCAGCGACAGGCCAGCAAGAGGGUACGACGACUCCUUCACAACCUUCUUCAGUGAGACUGGCACCGGGAAAUACGUCCCCAGAGCCAUCUUUGUGGACCUGGAGCCCAGCGUCAUUGAUGAGGUCCGUACUGGGAGCUACCGCCAGCUUUUCCACCCUGAGCAGCUGAUCUCAGGAAAGGAGGAUGCAGCCAACAACUACGCCCGAGGCCAUUACACCGUUGGGAAGGAACACAUUGACGCUGUCCUGGAGAGGAUCCGCAAACUGUCUGACCAGUGCACAGGACUCCAAGGUUUCCUGGUUUUUCACUCCUUUGGAGGAGGAACUGGCUCUGGCUUCACAUCUCUACUCAUGGAGCGCCUUUCAGUUGACUUCGGCAAGAAGUCCAAGCUGGAGUUUGCUAUCUACCCAGCUCCUCAGGUGUCCACAGCUGUGGUAGAGCCCUACAACUCCAUCCUGACCACCCACACCACCCUGGAGCACUCCGACUGUGCCUUCAUGGUUGACAAUGAGGCCAUCUACGACAUCUGCCGCAGGAACUUGGACAUUGAGAGACCAUCUUACACCAACCUGAAUCGGCUCAUCAGUCAGAUUGUGUCCUCCAUAACUGCCUCAUUGCGCUUCGAAGGAGCCUUGAACGUGGAUCUGACAGAGUUCCAGACCAACUUGGUGCCCUACCCUCGCAUCCACUUCCCUUUGGCCACCUACGCCCCUGUUAUUUCUGCAGAGAAGGCCUAUCAUGAGCAGCUCACUGUGGCAGAAAUAACCAGUUCCUGCUUCGAGCCAGCCAAUCAAAUGGUGAAAUGUGACCCUCGUCAUGGUAAAUACAUGGCCUGCUGCCUCUUGUAUCGUGGUGAUGUUGUGCCCAAAGAUGUCAAUGUGGCUAUCAGUAACAUCAAAACCAAGCGCAGCAUUCAGUUUGUGGACUGGUGUCCCACUGGCUUCAAAGUGGGCAUCAACUACCAGCCUCCCACUGUGGUUCCUGGUGGAGACCUGGCCAAGGUGCAGAGGGCUGUGUGCAUGCUGAGCAACACCACCGCCAUCGCAGAAGCCUGGGCCCGACUGGACCACAAGUUUGACCUGAUGUAUGCCAAGAGGGCCUUUGUCCACUGGUAUGUGGGAGAGGGGAUGGAGGAGGGCGAAUUCUCAGAGGCCAGAGAGGACAUGGCUGCCCUGGAGAAGGAUUACGAAGAAGUUGGCGUUGACUCCUUCGAAGAGGACGAAGAAGGGGAGGAAUAUUAACAGGACUUGGAGAAAAUACUUUAACCCUCUUAUCUUUGGGGCUAAUUUGACCCCAUUCAGUGUUUAAUGUUUCUAAAUAAACUGUGCAAACAUUAAAGUA